AUGGGUCGGAACAGCGAUUUCAUGAUUCAACCCGGCGAAGAUCAGCUUCGAACUACAGUAGAUGACGCUAGAGUUGAGCUGUCACUGUGGCUCGAUGAGUGGACCACUAUCGCAAUGACGGAGCCAGCACCACACCAGCGUGCAAUAGCAUUACAAAAUUUGCAAAUCCAACGGGAGUGGGCGAUGAUGACGCUCUAUCUAAAAGCUGUAUCCUCGUCAGGGAUCGAGAACAUUGCAAUCAUGACCGACUUCCAACGCGACUUCAUACGUAAAGCCAAGGAGGCGGCAAGCUGCCAUUUACAUUACAUGCUUCAGUCAUCGCUAACACCAACCUCGUCGCCUGCAUCUCACACUACCACCUCUGGCUCAGCAUAUCUCAGUACUUUCCGCUGGACGCUUGAUUACGUUUGGGCUAAAUGCGCCGUAUCAGUUCUACUCGUUCUCAGGCUAGCCAUUCUUCUCCGCGACCCAGUCCCCUCUGUCAUGGCGCUGCUUCGUGACGCGCACCGUGUGCUAGAAGAGUUGAAGACAGUGACCGUCGGCCAUAUCGCAUAUUUUCAGAUCUUGCAAACCAGCAUCGAGAAAUGCGAAGCCGCUCUUCGAGAGUAUGCUGCGGAACAAAAUUCUGAUCAAGAAAAUUCGAUGGCUGGAGCAAGAAAUGGGGCGGCUGAAGACGAGUUCCAGGGCUACGUGCCAAGCGAGUUUGUGUUCGAGUGGGAUUUUCCUGGGUUAAAUCUCAAACACAUGCCUCUCGGAUGGCAAGAUCUAUUCGUCAACAUAGACAGCUUGUUUUGA